UGGCUCUCACACACCUUACAGAUCAAGAUGAUACACUUAAAUACCCUGUUAUCAUUUGCAGAUAAACUCCUCUGUUAUCUUAUGUCGGCGCCGACAACGCUCUCAUCGAACAACGUGAAUUGAAGUACAAUAAGGGGACCAAACCACAGUCUACUGUACAUAUCUGGACCCAAGAAUGACCUGGUGUUGCCAUGGCUUUUUGAAUGGCACUUAUUCUCGGAAAACAAGGUCGAUCAAAUGCAUUGUAUGUAAUUAGUUUCAAUAUGAUUACUUUAUUUGUCCCCAAGUAGAACGACCUGAUGUUAUUUUGGCAGAGUCAAUGGCUUUUUAUCUCCGAAAAGAAGAUCGAUGACAUGUAUUGUAUGUAAUUAGUUCACAUACAAUUACUUAGAAGUGACCACUAAUGUAUAUAUCUCAUAUAAACGUCCAAAGCACCACAAAGUCCACUACAGAAACAGAAAAUAACAUGGGUUUGAUAAAAGGAGACAGUGAUCAGUUAAAACUUUUAUUUUUGGGAGAUUCCAAAUUGUCAGAUUGGUUAAACGCGUAUCAAAUCAAAGUAUGUCCUAAAAAAAUUAAUCAUACAAAGAUAUAUUGAAUGAAUACCCAGUCCGGAAGGCGUGAAGGAGAUCCAACAAGCUAGAGCACCCCCAUGGUGAAGUACUGACCUUUCUGUAUUCAAAACGGGAAGGUUGAAGGUUCCGAAACAAAACCAUGUGGCGAUUAAACAGCACGGCAUGGAUUGGCAUUUGUCUUAUAUUAUGUGCUGUUGUACUUAUACACCGUGCGGUAAAUUUAAGGGCCUAUUGUGAAACACGUGGUCACAGGAAUGCAAUACAAAUGCCAAAAACUCCACAAAUUGCAGAGAAAUUGCGCAAGUUGAAUACUGCUGCCAAGAAUGAAGAUUCGGAAAGAACAUAUAGAAUCCUAUGUUGGAUUUUGACAGACCCAGAUGACUUGGACAAUAGAACCAUUCAUGUCAAAAACACAUGGACACAAAAAUGUGAUAUUCGCUUAUUCAUGAGCUCAGCAGAAAAUAAAACUUUCCCUACGAUUGGGCUAAAUGUUAGCAGCGGCAAAAAGCAUAUUGCAGCCAAGUCAAAAGCGGCAUGGACGUACAUUUACAAUAAUUUUGCCGACAAAGCAGAUUAUUUCAUGAAAGCUGAUCCGGAUACGUACGUAAUCGUAGAUAAUUUACGAUAUUACCUUUCUCAUCACGACCCAACAGUAGCGGAAUAUUUUGGUCAUUCCAUGAAAUUAAAGCAGCACAACUUUACUUUUAUGAGCGGAGGGUCUGGACUCGUGAUCUCCAGAGAAGCUCUUCGACUUCUAGUCACAAAUGCUUUCCCACUACGACCCACCUGUAUUCCUGACGGCGUAGGGGAAGACUGGAAGACUGCUCAGUGCCUUUCCAAGGUUGGAGCUAAAGCUGUCAAUACUAGUGAUGAAUUUGGUAGAGAGAGGUUUUUACUCUAUAGACCGGAAAUACACAUCCUGGGCCUCUACCCGCCGUGGUUUUAUGAGAAAGAUCAGAACAACGCUAGACGGGGAAUAAACUGCUGUAGCGACUUUCCUAUAGCAUUCCACUACAUACGUCCACUGGAGAUGUACGUGUUCGACUAUCUUUUGAACCGUGUUCAGGUCAUGAAGACAAACUAGGAUACACGAAAGUUAUUCAAAAAGACAAGUGCACGCUGUGCUACGCCGCGCUACGUUUUAAAAAAUUCGAUCGUAUGACAUUCUUUUUCGUUCUGUGAGAAUGAAAUGGUUUUUGCCAAGUAAUAUUUCUACUGUGCAGUCAUGUGUCCAUCAUGAAUUUAGUGUUCGUGUAGUGACCAGUGAAGAAGACAGCGCGGCAACGGUGACUGGGGGACGUUGAUAAUAACACUGUUCGUGCUUACAUGACCUCGUGGUGGUCUUGCUAACUCAAAUCACUCUCACUUAAGCGUCUGGUCAGAACAAGAGGUCUACACUUAAAUGCCCCGUUAUCUUUUGCAGAUAAAUUCCUCUGUUAUUUUAUGUCGGCGCCGACAAAGCUCUCAUCAAACAACGUGAAAUAAAAGUUAGAGGGUCCAAUUAAGCCACACUAUACAUAUCGGGUCCCAAGAAUGACCUGAUGUUAUCAUGGCCUUUUGAACGGCAUUUGUUAUCUGAAUAUAGUGUCGGUCAUUUAAAUAUGACCCAAUUAACUUGAUGAACAUACACAGAGAAAUA